AUGAAGAAAUCAACAACAGCGUGGACAGACGUGACUGAUUUAUUGCGUAAAACUACUGAGCAAUAUUGUUCCGAGGGUGAAAUGUUACACGGCCCCGGAUUCAAUUUACAUGAUGUUUUGAGCGUUACAGAGAUUGGAGAUCCCAAGAUGGAUACAUUUUUGAAUGGACCUAACAAGGAAUAUGUUUAUUGGCCAAAAGAUCGAUUUCUGGAAGGUCUCAUGAAACCAGUGAAUGAACUAAAUUUAAAACAGAUAAUAUACAUGAUGGAUGAAUUAAUAUGUGCAGUGUUCACAUGGUAUGAGGGAUGGACUUUGGCACAAACCCUAUUAACAUGUGAAUAUCUUCAUCAUUUGCAACAUUUGGAACAACACAGCGACUAUUCCGACCCAAAUAACAUUGUUAAAUAUUUUCACGCUUUUUGUAAUGGAAUUUUGUUGCUUAAAACUAAGGUGGAAUACGUCAUGGCAAGAACAUCUUGCAGAGAAAGUGAAGAGUUUUCAUAUGACUCUUGUGGAUUUCCAGAAGUUCAAUUAAUGGAGAGCGAAACAAACGUGAUGGAGAGAUUUGACAAGUUAGAGACCGAACUUUCAAAUCGUGUGAGUUUUCUUACUGGAAAGCAAACCACUCAAUCAUUUGAACUCUUUCAAGGAGAUAAAUUGUUGGAAGAGGCCAUAACCAAUGCUAUUCUUUCUAGAAUUUCAUUUAUUAAGAAUUUCAUUCUCGUUCAUGGAUGUCUAAGCUCUGUCACGUCACCACAAGUGAACAAUUGCAAGAAAUCCAUUACCACUUGCCUUACCUUGUUAAAGUCAAUUAAGGAAGAACGAGAAGCUUUAGAAAUUGAAAAUCACAAUAUUGGUUUCGAUAAGCAUAUUGCUCUCCUUGCUAGCUUUACAUCUCCUUUGAAGCCCAUCGAAUUAUUUAGUUUUGAUAUUUCAUAUGAUGCUGCAACAGCCUUUUUAAACGAGAUGAAUCACAUUUUGGGAGUCCGACAAUGUCAAAAUCUGAACCAGCUGAUUCAUUUCUACAAACUUUUUUCAUUCCAAAAUCAGAACAACUCUGUUGUGUCGAGAGCAUAUCUAUUCUAUAUUACAUUUUCAGAUGAUAUGAUUUUUGGAAAGUACAAACUCUCAACAUGGAUUGAAAAGCAUCUAGAAACAGAGAUUAUUUCAAUUACUGAUAAGCAUCUUCAAGAAAUGAAAAAGCAAGCUAAAAAGCCAGAGCCAUUAUACCAAGAAUGGAUCACUGCCUUGUCAUAUUUGAUUCUCAAGCUGUUAAAUGGUUAUACCCAUAACAAGUCACGAUUGAGAAGAGUUCUUGCAAAUCUCAUUCCUGAUCUAGGAACAGCUGAACAAAGAUCUGAAUUAAUUGAUGUAACAUGGCUCAAUAUUGAUGUUCGUAAUCAUGAGCUCGUUAGAAAGAGUGAUUACAUGUUUUCAUUUUCUCUCUUCAUGAUUGAUUUUAUUUGUGAAAUUAUGCACCAGUAUUUGUUGCUUGGAUUUGAAUUGGACUUGUAUCACCAUUCUGAACUUGUACAAGUUGCAUGGUAUAUUGAUUAUAUUACGAAAAUUAGAUCCAUGAACAUGAAUAAUCUCUAUGCAAAGAAAAAGAAGACUGCUGGAGCUCCAUUGAAUAGAUACCAAUUAUACUCCAAGUUAACAUCAGAAGUUCACAAUCUUUACUAUCGAGGACUUUGUAGAUUCAUUCUCGCAAUCAAUAAGAAAGGUCUCUAUACCAACAUGAGUGCUGAAAAGGAAUAUCCACUGGCAUCUGACGAACUUAUUUUCACAAACAGAUUCAAACCAUUCUAUUCCACCAAUCAACCUCCUCCAGUGACUUUUGAACAUUAUUUGAUUGCGAACAACUUGACUCAUGUCUCUGAAAAAGAUUUAUUCGACUCUGCCAAAGAUCAUUUCGAUGCUGCUGUGAAAGCAGUUGAUACCAUCUUGCAACAAGAUAUCAAAUUAGCACCCUACGAAAAACAACAUUUGGAAUGGAUUCAAAAAUCAGCAAAAACCAAUUCAGUCUCAGUAUUUGUCUUUUCCAAACAUCCACCUGUGACCUCCAGUAGUAGUAGUAGUAGUUCUGAUACGACUCCUUCUCCUCAACCACACAUCAUGCCUAUUUAUGACUUGUCUGUGAGCAAAUAUUACCCAGUGCUGAAACCACCAAAGAAAGAGGUCACAAAAAAGUGA